AUGAAAGAUUUGCCAUUCUUUACAGGCGAUGUUAUGGAGUGGACGGUAUUUGAGAAUGAAUUUAAAACGUCUACCGAGGAGUUCCAGCUUACUGAUCGUGACAAUCUGAGACGAUUGAAUAAAGCGUUGCAGGGAAAAGCACGUAAGACCGUAGAAGCCCUGCUCUCGUCUCCCGACAAUGUGAAUCAAAUCUUGAGAAUGCUGAAGUCCAAUUUCGGUCGCACCGAAUGGGUAGUUGCGAAUAGACUGGAAGCGUUGAGAAAUCUGGAGAACGUUAAGGAGGGAAGCAUAGAAUCCUUUCGUACCUUUUACAACGCGGUAAUUGGUACCAAGAUUGCGAUGGCAAACGCGAAGGCGGAUAACUAUUUGAUGAAUCCCGAGCUCAUCUGUCACCUGGCUGAUAAACUGCCUGCUUUCAGCAAACAGAUGUGGGUUCGACACAAGGCCGCUUUGAUGAAAGAAGGCGAAGUCAUCGAGUUCAAAACUUUCUCUCGUUGGUUGGAGGAUGAGAUGGACAACCAACUUGCAAGUCUCAACCCUGUGUUCAACGCCAAAAAGUCCAGCUACCAACCGAAGCAAAAACCGAUGAUACUAAACAUUACCAGUCGCAACAACGAAGAAACCAGAAAAUGUCCCUUGUGCUCAGCAAGUUCUCACUGUGGUCUGGAGAAGUGUGAACAGUUUCGUAAACUGUCGGUUGCUCAGCGUCGAUCUACAGCAAAUUCCUGCAAGGUUUGCUAUAUAUGCCUGAAGUCGGACCAUGCCAGACGGAACUGCAAGUCCGAUAAGAAGUGUUCGAUCUGUAAGAAGAAUCAUCACGAGCUAGUACAUUCCGACGAAUCCACAAGAAGUCCGAGGUACCAUCGCACCGAACAUCAAGAGAACGUAUGUAACGUGAAUGGGAAGAACAUGAACACACUGCUCCGCGUCGGCAAGGUAAAAAUUCGAGGACCAAAAGGUGUAGAGGAAGUGUUCGCGCUUUUCGAUGAAGGCUCUUCGCUAUCAAUGAUGGAUGCUGCUGUUGCUGAGAAUAUCGGACUACGAGGACCGAUUGCACCCGUAACGUACAGAUGGACGAACGGAAUAUUGCACAAGGAGGAGCAAUCGAUGCUGCUUUCAUUCCGUAUAUCUGGACCAUCGGAACAAGCGAAGUGGUACGAAGUGAAGAAUAUUCAAACGGUUAACAAUAUAGCUUUACCUCCGCUGAAAUUCGACAUGGCAAAAGUAAAACGAAUGUAUCCAAUGCUGGAUGAGGACAAAUUAGCUGCAAUUCAAGGUGCUCGUCCCUGUAUGCUGAUUGGGUCGAACAACGCGGGUCUGAUCGUACCUCUGAAGACUGUGCAAUACUCGCUCAACGGUUUACAGUUGACACGAUGCCACCUGGGAUGGACUGUACAUGGAGUAAUUGACUCUGCCGUUGCUGGAUCGGGCGGUCAACAUGCGUUGCUGUGUACCGAUAACGAUGACAUCGAGCUUACAGACCUGGUGAAGCAGAUGUAUAAGGUAGAAGACUUUGGUAUCUCUGGUCAGUCGACGGUAAUGGCUGAUGAAGAUCAACGUGCACUAGAUAUCAUGAAUCGCACAAUCACACGCCGAGGGGAACGCUUCGAGGUAGGGCAGAUUUACAGAUACAACAAUUUCGUCUUCCCGGAUAGUAAACCUCUAGCUCUGCGCCGGCUUCAAACCAUUGAGAAGAAGAUGGACUCGAACCCUGAAUUUGCAGAAAAAUACUGUAGCAAGAUUCAAGACUACAUCGAUAAGGGUUAUGCCAGGAAACUCGAGCCUGAAGAACUGUCAGAAAAAUCUAACACCUGGUAUCUGCCUCACUUCAGCGUGGUGAGUGGAGAGAAGUUUCGUUUGGUCAUGGACGCGAAAGCAAAGUCGCAUGGAUUCUCUUUGAACGAUCUGCUCUUGAAGGGUCCGGAUUUCGUUCCUCCGCUGAUUGCAAUCUUGGUACGAGCAAGGAUGAAGAAGAUAGCUUUCGUAGCUGACAUCCGGGAAAUGUUUCACCAAGUGCGCAUCCGUCCUGAAGAUCAAAAUUCCCAACGUUUUCUAUGGCGUGGUAUGAACCGCACGGUUCCACCAGAUGUAUACGUGAUGAAGGUUAUGAUAUUUGGCGCGGUUUCGUCCCCAUCGAUGGCACAAUUCAUAAAGAAUUUCAAUGCAAAGGAACUGGAAGAAAAGCAUCCUGGCGUCGAACGAGCAGUUGUUAAACAACAUUAUGUCGACGAUUAUUUCGACUGCGCUGACACUGAAGAAGCGGCAAUCGAACUGAUCCAACGCGUGAUAAAUGUUCACGAGCAAGGCGGAUUCAAGCUGGCGAAGUUCUCUUCGAAUUCCAAAACUGUGAUCGACUCGCUCGAUCCUGAAAUUGUGGCCGGCUGUAGAGAAGGUGAGGUUCGCGUUCUCGGAAUUAGAUGGGAUCUGCAGUCCGAUGAAUUUGUUUUUCCAUUGUCUUUCUCAAACCUGGAUGAGCGCUUCCAAAGUGGCGAAGCCAUUCCAACAAAACGGCAGCUGUUGAGGUUCAUGAUGAGUAUCUUUGACCCACUUAGUUUUCUCAGUCCAAUAACAAUACAACUGAAGAUUAUCUUCCAAGAGCUGUGGCGGUUGCAAUCCGGUUGGGACGAUGAAAUUCCCGACGGACUGGUUCCCAGAUGGACGGAUUGGUUGGUCGAAACUAGGAAGUUAAACGAAAUUCGUUUCUCAAGGUACUAUUACCCUGCGGUUUCGUCUUUUUCCAAUGUGGAAUUACAUGCCUUCUGUGAUGCGAGUGACAAGGCGUUUGCUUGCGUGGUAUAUAUGGUUCAUCGUAGUCAAGGUAAAGUUCAUGUGGCCCUGGUAUAUGCCAAGUCAAGAGUGGCGCCCCUAAAGUCACAAACUGUACCACGCCUGGAACUACAAGGAUGUGUUCUCGCAAGUCAGAUGGUGAGCGUACUACAAACGGAGAUGAUGGUGGAUAUUACCAGGGUGUACUUCUGGACCGACUCUAAGAUCUGCUUGAGUUGGCUGAAGACAGGUCAAAUUCUGCCAGUGUACGUUGGCGCACGUGUGAUGCGGAUUAAAGAAAAUGGACACGGAACCGAUUUGUGGCGCUGGGUUCCAUCACAGCUGAAUGUGGCUGAUUUGGCCACGAAAUGUUCAAAGUUUGGCAAUAUGCAUGAGUGGUUGCGAGGUCCAGACUUCCUUCAUCGCGACAGUAUGUACUGGCCUACUGAGGAACCAUUGGCGAUGUCUACUGCAGAGCUGGUAAAUUUUCAAUCUGAAAUCAUCGUCGAUAGUAGCACCAAUCUGUUGUGUUACACUGUACACGAAGAAGCAUCGAUUGAGCUGCCCGACAUUUCAAGGUUCUCAGAUUUCAAUAGGCUGAUCAGAUCAACCGCAUACUACCUGAAAAUGAGAAAACUGUUAGUAUUGCCAAGAUCCGAGAAACCUGAUCGUUUGACGUUAUCUGUUCAAGAAAUAUCCGACGCUAGAAAUAAUUGGUACAAGAAAGUACAAGCUGAAGUCUUUGGGUCAGAGCUGUUUAAUCUGAAGAAGACAGGAUAUGUGAAAGCUAACAGCCGAUUAAGAACGUAUUCUCCAUUUCUCCACAAUGGAAUCAUCCGCAUGCGAGGUCGUGUUCAAGAUAACAACCAGUCGUUCGAAGUAAACAACCCGUGA